CUCUUCUCCCCAUCCGGAUUUCUCCCCCUCUCCUCUCCUCCUUUCCUCCUCUCCCUCUCAUCUCUCCUACUCCCUUCUUUUCCUCUUCUUCCCCUUCCCCUUCCCUCUCUUCCUUCGGUCACGUUUGGUGUCCAAACCUUCCAUCCUGCCGGUCCCACACCCGCGAGAGGAGCUUGUCUCCUCUGGUCGCCUGACCCAACCACCCAAUGCCCCCCUCGCAGGACACCUUAUCUCCUCUGGUCUCGGACAAGGCCUUCCAUCAUGAGGAGCAUGAAACGAGUGACUUGCCUCCCUCAAGGGUCACUUUAGUCCGCCAGCGACGGAAACUCCGUCUCAUCAGCCCGGCGUGGUACCGGAACAGUUUACUGGCCAGCGUGGGCUUUCUAGAGUUCGCCAACGCGGGUGAUUUCGCCGCUAAUGUGUGGAACGAUGUGCCGGUCCCGCUCUGUGCGGUUAUCUUCAUGGCCAUCGGAGGCCCAUUGGCCUUGCUCAUCAGUGUCGCCGCCCUUUGGGAUGGCAUCCUCAGUUGGCGAAAUGUCCGUAUUCUGCAGCAAGAACGACAAUACCUCCACGCUCUGCGACUGCAGUACCUCAACCUGCCCCCUUCCGUCUCCGUCGAUCAGGCCUCCGUCCGGCUCAUUGACCGCCGCCUUGGCGUCAGUUUUCGCGAAUUGGGCUCCGAACUCAUCGAUCGCGUCGUCAUGGAUGUUUUCCUGGGCAUCGGUGCCCUUCUCGUCGGCACUGGUACAAUAAUGGCUAUCUGGGGAGCUCAUCGCCAUAUCUAUUAUAUCAGUAAUCUACUGUCUGGCUUUGUGGGCAACUCCUUCGCUGCAGCAUACGGCGUCCUUAACGCCGUCUGGUCCCUCUAUCUCAUCUGGCGAUUUUACGGACAUGACCGUGCAUGCACGCGUUCCUCCGCCAUCACACCCUUUCGCGAUCGCCUCCACCGUCGCUUCCAAUACUUCCAAUUACAUUCGCUCGUUAGCGGAAUCACAGGCCUCGUCGCAGGAGCAGCUUCCAUGCUCACCUGCAAACGAUGGUGGGGAUACGUAAUGCUCAUCCCCUGCAUGAUCUUCGAAGUAGGCUGCAACCAGUUCUGGCGAGUCCAGCUGGGCUACGACCGUCCUAUUGUGACUGAGCAGCCCCACUGGGGCUUGAUCCCCGAUUUCAAAGCAAGCAAAGAAGACGACGAAGAGAAGGACAGCGUCCUCCUCGACACGCUGGCGUCCGUCAUUGCUAUGCAAAACGCCCUCACGCCACAUCCGACCGCCAUGAUCGACGUCGACUGGUCCUCUCUUGACUCCCUGCUAAUGUUCAUCGUUCACAACCAUCUCUUCGAUUCCCUCUGCGGCUGGCUCGCGACCCAUUCCUCUGUGCCCAAGGAUUUCCAUCAUAAUUUAUUCCGCCUCUGCGCGGACUAUACGGAGAUCACUCUGACGCUGGCAGACCUGCGCAGUCUGCCUGAGGUCGAACAUCCCCGACUCUUGGACCUUUGUCGCGAUUUCUUGUAUACUGAGGGCCGGCAGGUGAUGAUUGGUCGGGAACGGUAUUUAUUAGAGAUGGUCGGGUAUACCGCUUGGAAAGAUGGUUAGAUUAUCGACAUGUUUUACAUUGCAUUGCAUGCAUUUGCAUUUGCGUUGAUUUUAUAUUGUGAUGCCGUGACGAGUGCGUGUUUUGUUGUAUAUAUGCAUGAGACAGCGUCAUUUUUGCUUUGGCAUACAGCAAGAAGAGAAGACC